AUAUAAUUUUAUAACAUGUUGAUCAUUAUUUUCCUCAGGAUUAUAGCAGAUCUGAAGAAAACAGUGUUUUAUCAGAAGUGUCUUGACCCAGAAUGCCGUGCGAUCAACUACAAGUCACCUGAUCAAGAAAUCCCUCUAGAAGUCCUCCCUUCAUUUGAUGAUUUAGAUGAUGAUGAGCUAAUCAAAGCUGCUGAUAAAUACGAAGCCGCCCAGAGAACAAAGAAAGAGGGGGAUAAUGAUGGGGGAAUUGGAGAUUUUCUUGCAGAUGAUGAAAGUGAUGAGUUUGUUGAAGCUGUUGAUGUUCUAGAGAAAUCAAUUAGUGAAAUUUGUUGAUAGAAUUUCAAAUUGUAAAAUGAGAAUGCUUAUGCUAAAUUUACACUAUAUAAAAAAACCCACUCAAAAAUGUAUUCUAUACUAUAGAAUUUUUAUGAUAUUAGGGGCCUAAAUGAUUUUAUUAUUGUACAAAAAGCAAUAACAAAUUUAUAACUGAGUUUUCAUAAUAAAUUUUGUACAAAUUUCAA